ACCUAUCGAGUUCAAUUAACAUGAGUUUGAGCACGACUUUGACUUUUAUAAUCAAAUUAUGUGUGCUUUGACUUCCAUAUCCAUUAUCUGAUUAUCCUAUUCCAGACUGAGUAGAGAUAAUAAUCUUCACAUUCAAGAACAACGGAUCAAAUUUCCCCUCAGUGUUGCCGCUGUCGAAUUUGGGGGUAGUUCUGAUGGCUAUACUGUUUGGUCAAUUAUCGGCUUCAGAAUUUGUAGUUAGUUAUUGCUGAUUUGGUAUGUAUUUUAGACUGGACGAGGCGAGUUUGAGGGAAAUGGGCCAAUAUGUAAGUCGAUUAGAAUUAGGUGCCGAAGAAGAAUACUAUGAUGCUAGCAAUACUGCAAAUCCUAGUAGCUAUGGCCAUGCCCAUGAUGAUAGUUCGGUUUGUUUAGACAACGAGAUAUCUGACCUGACGAGAAUUAAAUCAAAACCGAAUGGGCAUUUGAGUAAGAUUAACCCGGGAAAGAGAAAGAGAUGUGUGCCUACGGUUGCAAUGUUGGCUGGUAGAGAGGCUAAUUAUUCUGGGAGAGGGAGGUUCACUUCUGCGGACUGUUGCCAUGUGGCUAGCCGAUAUGUGCCUGUUAAAGGACCCUGGCUUGUGGAUCAGAUGAGCAGUCGAGCAUAUGUAUCACAGUUUUCAACAGAUGGGUCUCUUUUUGUUACUGGAUUUCAGGGAAGUCACAUUAGAAUAUACAAUGUUGACAAGGGAUGGAAAGUUCAAAAGAACAUCCUGGCUAAAAGCUUGCGUUGGACAAUUACUGACACAUCCCUUUCGCCGGAUCAACAACACCUUGUAUAUUCCAGCAUGUCACCUCUUGUACAUAUUGUUGGUAUUGGAUCUGCGGCUACUGAGUCUCUUGCGAAUGUAACUGACAUCCACGAUGGUUUGGAUUUCUCGGGGUAUGGGGACGCUCGCUACGGAUUUGGUAUCUUCUCUGUGAAAUUCUCAACAGAUGGUCGAGAACUUGUGGCUGGAAGUAGUGACGGUGCAAUAUAUGUUUAUGAUCUUGAGGCUAAUAAGCUUUCCCUCGGAAUAUCAGCUCACACUUCAGACGUGAACACUGUUUGUUUUGCUGAUGAAGGUGGGCAUCUCAUAUUUUCUGGAAGUGAUGACAGUUAUUGCAAGGUGUGGGACAGACGAUGCCUCAUUGCAAGUGGGAAGGCUGCUGGUAUCAUGACAGGACAUUUAGAAGGAAUAACAUUUAUUGAUAGCCGAGGAGAUGGUCGCUAUUUCAUCUCAAAUAGUAAAGAUCAGAGCAUAAAGCUCUGGGAUGUUAGAAAGAUGUCCUCUAAUGUCACAUGUGACCUUGCUCCUAGGAAUUAUGAAUGGGAUUACAGAUGGAUGGACUAUCCAGAGCAGGCAAGAAAUUUAAGACAUCCAAAUGAUCAAUCAGUAGCCACAUAUGAAGGACAUUCAGUCUUGCGUACGCUAAUCCGUUGCUAUUUUUCUCCAGAAUUUUGUGGACAGAAGUACAUCUACACAGGUUCAAGCGAUGGGAGUGUGUAUAUAUAUGACUUGGUAAGCGGGUCAAUUGUAGCAAAGCUUGAUCAUCAUAUGUCGGCAGUGAGAGACUGCAAUUGGCACCCUAGUUACCCGAUGCUUGUUAGCUCGUCUUGGGACGGUAGUAUUUUAAAGUGGGAAUUUCCCGGGAGUGAUGAAACGCCUGCACCUCCAAGCGAAGAAAGAGAAUUAUGGAGACGGCAUAUGUGAUUUACAGGUCCACCUCCAGUGCUCACCACUCAACAAAUUGGGAAUGAUGCCUACACGAUUUCGUGUUCGACAUACAGCAUUUAUCCUUGGUGCACUAAUAAUGUACUUAAGGUGUAGAUUAAGUGUAAUUAAUUAUACUUGUAAUCUUUGAAAUAGGACAUACCUCAGACCUCACCAAAUAAGAAAUGAUUAUGUAAUGAUUCCCAUUUCCUUGUAAUAGAAUUCUUGUAAUUUGUACAAUUAUUCUUUUUCGAGUGGAGGAUGUUUGUGGCCAUACUUUCAAGACAAGGGUUAUGUAAAAAAACAGUUAUUCGUGCGCACCUAA